CCUCCAGCACGCCCAGGAUGAGCUCAGACGGCGGCAGCAAGCCCCUCAAGGUGGGCUCCCGUGUGGAGGUCAUCGGCAAGGGCCACCGAGGCACCGUGGCCUACCUGGGGGCCACCCUGUUUGCCACUGGCAAGUGGGUGGGGGUCAUCCUGGACGAGGCCAAGGGCAAGAACGAUGGCACGGUGCAGGGCAGGAAAUACUUCACCUGCGAGGAGAACCACGGCAUCUUCGUCAGGCAGUCCCAGAUCCAGGUGUUUGAGGAUGGAGCAGACACAACAUCCCCAGAAACGCCGGACUCUGCUGCCAUGAAGGUCCCUAAGAGAGAUUCCCUUGAUGCCACCAAGGCCAGCAAACUGCGCGGAGCCAAGCCCAAAAAGGCCCCGGCCACACGCAAGAGCACCGCCCGCCGACCCAAGCCCACCCGGACCCCCACAUCAUCGGCGUCCGGGGGCACGGCCGGACCCUCGGGCUCGGCCUCGGCGUCCGGCGGGGAGAUGAGCAGCAGCGAGCCUGGCACACCUGCCCAGACCCCGCUGGUGGCCCCCGUCAUCCCAACCCCCUCCCUCGGCUCCCCGGGGGCACCCCCGGUCCCCUCGCCCACCAAGGAGGAGGAGAAUCUCCGUGCUCAGGUCAGGGACCUUGAGGAGAAGCUGGAGACGCUGAAAAUCAAGAGGAAUGAGGACAAGGCAAAGCUCAAGGAGCUGGAGAAGUACAAGAUCCAGCUGGAGCAGGUGCAGGAAUGGAAGAGCAAAAUGCAGGAGCAGCAGGCUGAGCUCCAGAAGCGCCUGAAGGAGGCCAAGAAGGAAGCCAAGGAUGCCCUGGAAGCCAAGGAAAGGUACAUGGAGGAGAUGGCAGACACGGCUGAUGCCAUCGAGAUGGCCACGCUGGACAAGGAGAUGGCUGAGGAGCGGGCAGAGUCCCUGCAGCAGGAGGUGGAUUCCCUCAAGGAGAAGGUGGAAUACCUCACCAUGGACCUGGAGAUCCUCAAGCACGAGAUUGAGGAGAAAGGCUCUGAUGGAGCAGCAUCCAGCUACCAGGUCAAACAGCUGGAGGAGCAGAACGCCAGGCUCAAGGAGGCUCUUGUCAGGAUGAGGGAUUUGUCUGCCUCAGAGAAGCAGGAGCACGUGAAGCUCCAGAAGCAGAUGGAGAAGAAGAACACGGAGCUGGAGUCGCUGCGGCAGCAGCGGGAGAAGCUGCAGGAGGAGGUGAAGCAGGCAGAGAAGACGGUGGAUGAGCUCAAGGAGCAGGUGAGGGACAGGUGGGAUGGGAUGUUUGGGACUAUUCAUGGACAGUUGGGGCAGUGUGGGGACAUUUGGGGCGUUGAGAGCCACGUGAUCCCACACUGCCUGGGCAGGGAAGGGAGCUGGGGAACGAGCCUGUGGAUAUUCCUGAACUGGAACACUCUUGCUGCCACUCCCUCCCCUCCACCUUCACUGGGUGUUGCACCAAGGAGGAGGUGCUGGGAGCUUUGGGGAGGGGAUGCUGAGGCUGUGGGGUCCCUGAUCUGCAUGUCCCCGUGUCCCCUCUGCUGUGGCCAGGACGUGAACCGGGAGCUGAUGAGCCAGCAGGAGGCGUCCGCGGAGAAGCAGCAGCAGCCGCCCCCCGAGAUGUUCGACUUCAAGAUCAAAUUUGCAGAGACAAAAGCCCACGCCAAGGCCAUAGAGAUGGAGCUGAGGCAGAUGGAGGUGCAGCAGGCCAAUCGCCACGUGUCCCUCCUCACCUCCUUCAUGCCCGACAGCUUCCUGCGCCACGGCGGCGACCACGACUGCGUGCUGGUGCUGCUGCUCAUCCCGCGCCUCAUCUGCAAGGCCGAGCUGAUCAGCAAACAGGCGCAGGAGAGGUUCGAGCUGAGCGAGAGCUGCGCCGAGCGGGCGGGGCUGCGCGGAGCCCCCGGGGAGCAGCUCAGCUUCGCCGCCGGCCUCGUCUAUUCGCUGAGCCUGCUGCAAGCCACGCUGCACAAAUACGAGCAGGCCCUGAACCGCUGCAGUGUGGAGGUGUACAAGAAGGUGGGGACCCUGUACCCCGAGAUGAGCGUCCACGAGCGCUCCCUGGACUUCCUGAUCGAGCUGCUGCACAAGGACCAGCUGGACGAGACUGUCAACGUGGAGCCGCUCACCAAAGCCAUCAAGUACUACCAGCACCUGUACAGCAUCCACCUGGCUGACCAGGCUGAGGACUGCACCCUGCAGCUGGCUGACCACAUCAAGUUCACCCAGAGUGCCUUGGACUGCAUGGGGGUGGAGGUGUGCCGGCUGCGGGCCUUCCUCCAGGCCGGGCAGGAGGCGGCAGACCUGGCCAUCCUGCUCAAGGACCUGGAGACGUCCUGCAGCGACAUCCGCCAGUUCUGCAAGAAGAUCCGGCGCCGCAUGCCGGGCACGGACGCGCCGGGAAUCCCUGCGGCCCUGGGCUUCGGAGCGCAGGUGUCGGACACGCUGCUGGAGUGCCGGAAGCACCUGACCUGGGUGGUGGCCGUGCUGCAGGAGGUGGCGGCGGCCGGGGCGCAGCUGAUCGCGCCGCUGGCCGAGAACGAGGGGCUGCCGGCCCCACGCCUCGAGGAGCUGGCCUUCAAAGUCAGCGAGCAGAUUUACGGCUCCCAGGGCAUCAGUCCCUACGAGUGCCUGCGCCAGUCCUGCAGCAUCCUGAUGGCCACCAUGAACAAGAUGGCCACGGCCAUGCAGGAGGGCGAGUACGACGCCGACCGCCCGCAGAGCAAGCCCACGCCGCCGGCGGAGCUGCGGGCGGCCGCGCUGCGGGCGGAGAUCACGGAUGCUGAGGGGCUGGGGCUGAAGCUGGAGGACAGGGAGACGGUCAUCAAGGAGCUGAAGAAGUCCCUCAAGAUCAAGGGCGAGGAGCUCAGCGAGGCCAACGUGCGGCUCAGCCUCCUGGAGAAGAAGCUGGACAGCGCCUCCAAGGACGCGGAUGACCGCGUGGAAAAGAUCCAGACCAAGCUGGACGAGACCCAGACUCUGCUCAAAAAGAAGGAGAAGGAGUUUGAGGAGACCAUGGACGCUCUCCAGGCUGACAUUGACCAGCUGGAGUCGGAGAAGGUGGAGCUGAAGCAGCGCCUCAACAACCAGUCCAAGAGGACGAUCGAGGGGCUGCGGGGGGCCCCGCCCUCGGGCGUGGCCUCCAUCGUGUCCGGCAUCGCCGGAGAGGAACAGCAGCGAGGUGUUGGUGCCGGGCAGGUGCCAGGAGGUGGCUCUGGACCCGUCCAGGUGAAGGAUUCUCCUCUCCUGCUGCAGCAGAUCGACGCCCUGCAGCUCUCCCUGAAACACCUCAAGAACGAGAACAACCUGCUCAAGGGUGCCCAGAUGAAGCUGGAGCUGGCCAGCCUGGCCCCCCUGCAGGUGCCCCGGGUGGCGGUGGCGCGGGAGCGCGCGGGCGAGGCGCUGCCCACGCAGAGCCUGUACCGCAAAACCACCCAGCUGCUGGAGACCCUCUACCAGCUCAGUGCCAACGCCAAGGUGCUGGACGUGAGGCAGAGCAAGUCCACGAGGAGCUCCUCGGCGCGGCUGCUGGAGCAGACAGCCCGGCUCUGCGCCCUCAAGAACUCCAUCGACGCCCUCAAGGACGACACGCUGAGGGAGAUGGUUCAGCAGCAGCCGGGCGCCGGCGUCUCCACCACCUUCGGCACCUUCCCGUCCUCUUCCUUCCUGAAGGCCAAGCAGGAGCAGGCGCGGGGCGCGGCGCUGUGCGGGCGGGUGACGAUCCCGUGCGCCCCGGGGCACGGCCAGGCGCACCGCGUGCUGCUCACCCCCGACCUGCUGCAGCACCUCCGGCAGCACUUCGUCGCCUGAGCCGCCCCCGAGG